AUGUAUGACCUGAAACCUGCCUCCCCUGUAGACACCUGGAGUAAAGAUGCUCAGAACCACAUGGAUGUGGGGGCAUUUGGAACACAGAAUGUUCAGCUUAACAAAGAGAUGACUCUUGCCAACAACCGGAGCCUGGCAGAAGGAAAUCUUUUAUACCAACCACAACUGGACACUUUGAAAGCCAGUCUGACCCAGAAAUCAGAGCUACAGGUUCUCUUUGAAGCCUAUCAGAUCAAGAAAACCAAAUUAGAUCGGCAAUCCAGCAAUGCUUCUCUGGAGACAUUGCUCGCCCUUCUUCAAACAGAGGGAGCCAAUGAAGAAGAUACUGAGAACAGUGGCGGAGAAGUUCCUGAUGGAGAGGUCCCUCUAGAUUGCUUCAUCGACGAAUAUCAGAAACGGAAACUAGCCCAUUUACGUCGAGUAAAAAUUGAGAAACUUCAGGAAAUGGUGCUCAAGGGCCAGAGACUUCCAAAGGCCAAGUCCAGUUGCAGCCCAGGGGUGCCAGAUCCAACACCAGCCCCCAUGGUGCCCUACCCAGCUUCAGAUGCCAGUGUGCCCCCUUCGGUUGUGCCUCGGCAGUCUCCACCACCACCCCCAGUCCCUGCUGGACGGUUCGCGACUCCAUUUACAGUGGCCAUGGGAUCAGGACAGGCUCUUCCGUACCAGGAUUGCAGGCCCUCCUCUUCCCCCCCCAGGAUGGGCCUUCCAUCUCUUAGUCACAACCCCCAGCCAGGAUACCCUCCUCAGUUUGCCUCACCGUUCCCCCCGGCCCUCCCUCAGAGCUCUCCGAGGCUGCCUCCACACCCUGGCUUCAUCUUCAGUGAGUCUGUAGCGCACCUCCAUCCCUACGGCAGUGCUUUGAAGGAGUUGUAUUGCUCCCUCUUCCCAUGA